ACUACCUGUUUACAUGAGAUGCAUGGGAUGCACAUAGCAUUAAACACUACAGUAUAAGCAUAUUCACAUCUUUCCCUCUCUCUACUGUCAAGAGAAUGGGUCGCGACAACCAGCUCAAGUUGUUUCUCGAAGGCGCGAAGCCCGAUCAGCGCGUCGCCCUCCACAGCUCCAAGGCCGACCUCGAAGUCAUCUUCGACUUCUGGACCCAUCUCAUGAUCAUCAGAGAACAGAUCCCCGUGCCUGGCGGCGGACGCACAAAACACUCGGAGAGCAUGGUCUCCGUCCACUUCGACACGAGACUUACCCGCUUCAAGAACCUGCGGGGGCUCGAGGACGGGUCUCUGCUGUUUUCCUUCGAGAUGCCGGGCAAGGCGCACCCCCGUUUCGGAAACGGACUGCACGUCAAGCACAAAUGUCUAGGGUUUGACGCCGAGACCCCGAAGAGUCGUCUGUACACCCGUCUGGCGAAGUGUGGGUGGGCCAACAAGCAAUUCCAGCUGUAUAUUCCCGUUCAGCGCACCAGGGGCUGGAAGACCGUCGCUCUCAUCCUCUUGACUUUUGACGUCAUCUCCUACAAGGACUGGGAGAAACUCAUCAUGGCUGACCAGCCUAUUCCUGUCCCGGGCUUGGACUGGGCGGAGAUCGAACAGCAGCUGGCAAUGGAAAAAGAGGUAAACGGGGAGGAAGAAGAAGAGGAGGAGGAGCAAGAGGAAGAGGAGGAGAUGCAGGAAGAGGACAGAGAAAAGGACAGAAAGGAGGAAAACAAGAAGGAAGAGGAGAUGAAGCUGAAAAUGAAAAUGAAGGAACUCUUCAAGUCGAUUUAUUGAUCAGUAGAUACCGUAUUUAGCAGAGCUGGAUAUAGGCAACACAACUUGAACAGUGAUAAUCCAUAGCAAGGUCUUGAACUAGUAUAGCUGAAAUCUGA